AUGUCAUCCCAGAGUCAGCCAAGCCUCCUUCACAAGUACAAGGGCAUCCUCUUCUCUGCCAUGUCUUCAGAAGAACUCCUUGAUUCCUUGGAUUCUUUUGAUGCAAGAGAAGAUGACAUAUUUCUGGUUUCCUACCCAAAAUCUGGAACCCACUGGGUGGCAGAAGUCAUUGAGAGCAUUCCCAAUGCUGGAAUCACUCUCACAUCUCCUAUUGAGUGGGGAGAUGUUUCUAAAUUCAAAGAGCUAAAAAUGGUCUCUAAGAGAAGAGUUAUCCCAACGCAUCUAAGCUAUGAAAUGAUUCCUGUGACCAUUAAACAGAAGCAAUGUAAGAUUGUCUACGUUGUCAGAAAUCCGAAGGACACAGCUGUGUCCCUGUUCCACUACUACAAAGACAACCCCAACCUCCCGUCCACGGAAACGUGGGCUACGUUUUUAGAGCUGUUCCUCAAAGGAGACGUUGUAUAUGGUUCCUGGUUUGAUCACGUUUUGAGCUGGGAAAAACACAAAAAUGAUAAAAACGUCCUCUUCCUAUUCUAUGAAGAAAUGAAGAAUGACUUUGCUAAGAGCCUAAAGAAAAUAACUGCUUUCCUUGGCAUCAGUGUGAAUGACAGUGAGAUGAGUAAGAUCGCUCGGAACACAUCGUUCAGUGAAAUGAAAAGCAAUGCAGUUAAAGAAAACUGUGAUCCCAAUCACACCAUCUGUGCCCUCACAUCCAACAGGAACCUGGUGUUCAGAAAAGGAGUGGUGGGUGAUUGGAUCAACUACUUCACUCCGAAGCAGAAGCGAGUCUUUGACGAAGUUUUCACAGAGAAGAUGAGACACAGCGAUGUGGGCAGAUGCCUGAAGGAGUAUGCGAAUGCGGAUGGGAAAUAA